GCGCGGCCGCGGCCGGGGCCGGGCGGGAGCGGGGGGCGGCCGGCUCGGCCAUGCGCGCUCCGCGGGGCCCGGCGCGCUGAGCGGGAAGAUGCUGCUCGGCGCCGGGCGGUAGUACUAUGAUUUGCUAUGCGGCCGCUUUGAUUGCAAGUGUCCUGGGCGCCGCGGGGCUGGCCGCGCAAGGUGCCCACGGCUCAAGGGAGGAACCCGAGUUUGUGACGGCUCGUGCUGGCGAGAGCGUGAUUCUGGGAUGCGACGUGAUCCACCCGCUGACAGGGCAGCCCCCUCCCUAUGUGGUGGAAUGGUUCAAGUUCGGAGUCCCCAUUCCCAUCUUCAUCAAGUUCGGGUUUUACCCUCCCCACGUGGACCCAGAAUAUGCAGGCCGUGCCAGCCUUCACGACAAGGCAUCUCUGCGCAUCGAGCAGAUUCGCUCUGAGGAUCAGGGCUGGUAUGAGUGCAAAGUGCUCAUGCUGGAUCAGCAGUACGACACCUUCCACAACGGCAGCUGGGUUCACCUCACAGUCAAUGCUCCCCCCACCUUCACGGAAACUCCCCCGCAAUACGUAGAAGCAAAGGAAGGCAGCAGCAUCACUCUGACCUGCAUGGCUUUUGGGAACCCCAAGCCUAUCGUCACCUGGCUGAAAGAAGGGGACCUCUUGGGUGCUGGUGGGAAAUACCAGGUAAGCGAUGGGAGUUUGACUGUCAUCUCUGUCAGCCGGGAAGACCGAGGCGCUUACACCUGCCGGGCUUACAGCAUCCAGGGGGAGGCUGUGCAUACCACUCGCCUGCUUGUACAAGGACCCCCGUUCAUCGUUUCCCCUCCAGAGAACAUCACCGUCAACAUCUCCCAGGAUGCACUGUUCACCUGCCAGGCCGAGGCGUAUCCGGGCAACCUGACUUACACUUGGUACUGGGAGGAGGAGAACGUCUACUUUAAGAAUGACCUGAAACUGAGGGUUCGGAUCCUGAUUGAUGGGACUUUGAUCAUCUUUCGGGUCAAACCGGAGGAUUCUGGGAAAUACACCUGCAUCCCUAGCAACAGCCUUGGCCGCUCACCAUCUGCCUUUGCCUACCUGACAGUGCAGUAUCCUGCCCGUGUGGUGAACAUGCCACCCAUCAUUUACGUUCCCAUUGGGAUACAUGGAUACAUCCGCUGUCCAGUUGAGGCAGAGCCACCAGUCACCAUCGUCAAGUGGAACAAAGAUGGACGUCCCCUGCGAAUCGAAAAGUAUUCUGGGUGGAACGUGAUGGAAGAUGGAUCAAUCCGAAUAGAGGAGGCAACGGAGGAAGCUCUCGGCACUUAUACCUGUGUGCCUUAUAACGCCCUGGGUACGAUGGGCCAGUCCCCCCCUGCCCGACUGGUGCUGAAGGACCCACCCUAUUUCACGGUGCUACCAGGCUGGGAGUACAGACAGGAGGCAGGGAGGGAGCUGUUGAUCCCUUGUGCUGCUGCAGGAGACCCCUUUCCUGUCAUCGCCUGGAGAAAGGUAGGGAAGCCCAGUAGAAGCAAGCACAACACUCUUCCAAGUGGCAGCCUACAGUUCCGAUCCCUCAGUAAGGACGACCAUGGGGAGUGGGAGUGUGUCGCUACCAACAUAGUCACAAGCAUUACUGCCAGCACUCAUCUUACAGUCGUAGGCACAAGCCCUCAUGCCCCAAGCAACGUGCGCGUUGUGGUUUCCAUGACCUCUGCCAAUGUCUCCUGGGAGCCCGGCUACGAUGGCGGAUAUGAGCAGACAUUCUCAGUUUGGUACGGCCCUCUGAUGAAGAGAGCACAGUUUGGACCCCAUGACUGGCUGUCUCUUCCAGUGCCAUCAGGUUCUAGUUGGCUGCUGGUGGAUACCUUAGAACCAGAGACAGCAUACCAGUUCAGUGUCUUGGCUCAGAACAAACUGGGCACGAGCUCCUUCAGUGAGGUGGUCACUGUGAACACUCUAGCAUUCCCUGUAACAACUCCAGAGCCCCUGGUGUUAGUUACCCCACCGAGGUGCCUAACAGCCAAUCGGACACAGCAAGGAGUCCUGUUGUCAUGGCUUCCUCCAGCCAAUCAUAGCUUUCCAAUUGACCAUUACAUCAUGGAGUUCCGUGUAGGGGAGAGAUGGGAAAUACUGGAUGAUGCUAUCCUGGGAAGCGACAAUGACUUUUUUGCCAAGGACUUGUCUCAGGACACCUGGUAUGAGUUCAGAGUUCUGGCUGUCAUGCAGGAUCUCAUCAGCGAGCCCAGUAACAUAGCUGGUGUGUCCAGUACAGAUGUAUUUCCACAGCCUGACCUAACAGAUGAUGGUUUAGCCCGACCGGUGCUGGCUGGCAUUGUUGCCACCAUCUGCUUUUUGGCUGCUGCCAUCCUCUUCAGCACGCUAGCUGCCUGCUUUGUCAACAAACAACGCAAACGCAAACUCAAGCGUAAGAAAGACCCUCCUCUCUCGAUUACCCACUGCAGGAAGAGUCUGGAGUCUCCGUUGUCUUCCGGCAAGGUGAGUCCCGAGAGCAUCCGCACUCUCCGGCCCCCCUCCGAGUCCUCUGACGAUCAAGGCCCACCGGGCAAACGAAUGCUGAGCCCUAGCAAGGAGAAAGAGUUGUCUCUCUACAAGAAGACCAAGAGGGCCAUUAGCAGCAAGAAAUACAGCGUCUCCAAGGCUGAGGCCGAAGCUGAGGCUACCACCCCUAUUGAGCUCAUCAGCCGUGGACCAGAUGGCCGCUUUGUGAUGGACCCCUCCGAGAUGGAGCCCUCGCUCAAGACCCGCCGGAUAGAGGGCUUCCCUUUCGUGGAGGAGACGGACAUGUACCCCGAGUUCCGCCAGUCGGACGAAGAAAACGAUGACCCCAUGAUGCCCUCAUCUGUAACAGCCCUCAAAUCCCAGCUGACCCCUCUGUCCUCCAGCCAGGAGUCCUACCUUCAGCCACCAGCAUACAGCCCCAGAUUCCACAGGGGCUUGGAGGGGACAGGUGCCCUAGAGGGUCGCCUGCAGGCCACCGGCCAGACCAGACCACCAGCCCCCAGGGGUUUUCACCACAGCCAGUUUUACGGUUACCUCAGCAGCAGCAGCCCUGGGGAGAUGGACCCUCCGCCUUUCUACAUGCCAGAAGUCAGCCCUCUCAGCUCUGUCAUGUCCUCCCCUCCUCUGCACCCUGAGGGGCCCUUCGGACACCCAACGAUCCCCGAGGAGAACGGGGAGAACGCUUCCAACAGCACGUUGCCCCUGACUCAGACGCCCACGGGGGGCCGAUCCCCUGAGCCAUGGGGGAGGGCUGAGUUUCCUUUCAGCGGCCUGGAGGCUUCUCCCAUGAUAUUCCCUCACCAGCUCCAGCAGUGCGACGUGGCCGAGAGUGUACAGCCAAAGGCCUGUCUUCCUAGGGGGCCGCCCCCUUCCUCCCUCCAGGUCCCGGCGUCCUACCCUGGCAUUCUGCCCCUGGAGGCACCAAAGAGUUGGACUGGCAAGUCACCUGGCAGAAGCCAACCCUCUGUGCCCACCACCACCAAAUGGCAGGACAAACCUAUGCAACCUAUGGCAAGUCAAGGGCAGCUAAGACAUACCAGUCAAGGUAUGGGCAUACCCGUGUUGCCUUACCAUGAACCGUCCGAGUCAGUCGGCCACAGCGGCACAAGCACAUUCAGCCUGGACACCAGGUGGUAUGAGCCCCAACCCAGACCUCGGCCAAGCCCUCGGCAAGUCAGGAGGGCUGAGCCCAGUUUACAUCAGGUGGUGCUACAACCUUCGAGGCUUUCCCCUCUGACCCAAAGCCCCCUCAGCUCCCGCAACAGCUCCCCGGAGCUGACCGCACGUGCCAGACCGCGGCCGGGCCUCAUCCAGCAGGCAGAGAUGUCGGAGAUCACCCUGCAGCCCCCCGCAGCGGUCAGCUUCUCCCGCAAGUCCACCCCAUCAACUGGAUCCCCAGCUCAGAGCAGCAGGGGAGGAAGUCCCAGCUACCGACCUGCUGGGGCCUUCACCUCUUUGGCCACUGGUUUCCCCUCCUCCCAGGGCUCCUCCCUGCCCGUGGACAGCAUGGAUGUUUUUGGAGAAAUUCCCUCUCCGAGGAGGGCUGGGGAGGAGAUUCUCAGACCAGAGCCUACAUCGACAACAUUAUCCACUUCGGGAAAACGUCCAUCUCCAUCCCAGAAUGCUGCUGCACCUGAGAGGCUCGAAGCUCUGAAAUACCAGCGGAUAAAGAAGCCCAAAAAGUCAUCCAAGGGCUCCUCGAAAUCCAAAAAACAAUCCAAUGGUUCUGCCUCCCAGGUUCAGCAACUUCCCAACUCUCAGGUACUGUGGCCUGACGAAGCUGUCUGCCUCCGCAAGAAGAAGAGACACCCUCGUCAGGACCCUUUCGCCCGCCUCUCAGCGCUGAAGGAUGACCUCUGUCAUCGGCAGCUUCCUGAAGACCAGACAGCUAUUCUCAACAGCGUGGACCAUGACGACUCCAGCGGGCAUGCCACCUUACUUUAGCGUAGUGCCAGCUCAAGAAGGUUCAAAUGGAGGGGGGGGGAGGGAGCAGAGAUCUCAAGAACUACACACACAUUAGGGGAAAAGGUUUGGGGGGCGGGGAGGGAGGAGGUUGAGGGUGUGGAAACGGGGUAUGAUCUCCAGGUCUGGCUCUCGUGCCAGUGGGCUGAGCACACUGGAUGCACAUGUUCUUUGGUAUUAACACACAGGAAACCAGCAUCCAGUCUCUGCCUACAGGGAGAGACUCCCCAUCCUUUCUGGGGAGCUUCUAUUUUAAAGUUACUCGAGGAGGGGGCAGGAGGAAAAAUAUUCGAAACAAGGGGGAAAGUGCUACUCCUCCCUGUCUGCCCCCUCCACAAGGUUUGGCCUCGCUUCAGAGAAGCAGGAAACGGUGAGGCUGGGAAGUGCAAUGCUAGGAGUGAAAGGAUUUAAAACUUUGGACUGUUGUAAGAAUUUGGUGUUCCUCAAAUCCACUUUUCUCUGUUGCAGCUUCAGUUUUGUGAUCCCUGGAAGGCGGAUGAGAUUUUCUCUCUUGGUUUCAAUAAUUAAUGUAUUGAUUAAGGAAAUCAUAGGUGCAAAUUAGAUUGUGUAUUUAUACGGUGCGUAUUGAGGUAGGGAACGUGGAAGCAGACAAAUGACCGUGAAUGACAGGAAUAAUUAGGAUUACGCAGGAUGCAAUUCAGUGACAUGAAACAAACACGCCAGGUUGGAACUGCUGACCCAGUGAAUCUGAUUAUUUUAUAAUAAAAGAUUAAAGAACCACCACAGAAAAUUCUGGUUGUGCAAAAUCUUCUUGCCUGUCCACAUUUUUUUCUGUGGGGAAGAUGGUAACAAAAACACGUGACAUUGUCCUGAUCUGCCCCAACAUAGACAAACCCUCAAGAUAAGCAAAUAGGUGGAAGUGUGCAAAGCUGAACUUGUACAUAUGGAACCUGUUAACUUGUACUAACAAUAAUUGGCAGAUGAGCGAGGACAGACAUGUUUUUUAAAAUCCAAGGAUAUUUUAUUCCAAACUCUAUGUUGUUGAUUUUGAUGAGGGUGGUUUAGAUUAGUUUAUGAUGAUGCUUCAUAUGGUACUCGUAAAUGUCCUGUAGUACAAUUUGUGGACUUAAUGAAGUUUUGGUAGUAAUGAGAGCUUAAUACAAGGGUGUUUUGUGUUCUUUAAGCUUAGCUGCAAUAAGGGGAGGAGUGAGAGCUGACUUUUCUGUCUGCAGAGUGCAAAUGAACAUCUGACUCUGUACCCCCCAAAAAACAGCCUGUAUUGGAAUUGCUUUCAGUCUGCACUUUCAAACCGUGUCUGAUCAAUGUAAGCACAGCAGCAUCGCAGAGGGCUUCUGGAAAGUGUUUCUGAUGCGUAGAACAAAAUAAUCAUCUCUAGGGGCAGCUGGUAAAAACAAAUCCCAUCGUCUUGCAUCAGUUCUGAAGUUUCUAAAGCGUUGCUGAGAGUUUCAUCGUGUCCCUUCUUUUUUACCUCCACCAUUUUCAGACUGAAUGUUGUGUUGGGUUUUAACACUCCCAUGGCUCAGUCUUUGUAAUUAUGACAGUGCCAUUCCAAAUUCUCACCGGAGUGUAUUCUGUUCAAAUUAUAUUAAGGCAGAUUCACCUGUCAGUCAGCUUCCUUCUGGAUUGCAUAGGCCUGUAUAAGAGGAACAAUUGCAUUCUGCUGGACGGAGUAUGAGACUAAGAGUCAGGACACUUGGGUGCUAUUUUGUGCUCUGCCACUGACUUGCUGUGUGGCCUUGGGCAAGUCACCUAACCUCUCUGUGCCUCAGUUUCCCUGUCUGUAAAACGGGGGUAAAUGGUACUUAAGCACCUUUAUCAAAGCACUUUGACAUCCACAAACGAGAAGUGCUCUAAAAGUGCUGAGUAGUAUUAAAAUAGUAUCUCUAUAUUCAUAAAUACUUAGCCACUUUAAGUAGCGAGAUUGAAUAUUGUAUUCCAAUCUUUGCACAUUUCUUCCCUUGUGGUGGAGUACCAAGAUUUUUGCCUGCCUGGGAAUAAGUGGUUACAUUAGUAAAGAAUUUAGCAUGGACGUUUUUGUUUUAAGUGGAUUGAGGAUGUAGAAGAUGCCUCAGAUGACUCCUAGGAGGACAAGGGCUCUUGGCAUACGUUCUCCCCUUGCCCUGUGCCCUACCUCUGUCCCAAGUAACAUUGCCGAGAAAUUGUUCCCAGUCUUCUUGUGCUGGCGAAUUGGUUGGUUAUUAUUCUAGCUAAUGGUUGAAGCUGGGAGAAAAAUCCAAGAGUCCUGUUUAGCCAGAAAAAAACAGUUUUGUUUUAGCCACCUCAACAGGUCAAGUACUUUGGUAAGUUUUGAGAUGAAGUGUGCUUUUCAUCCAGGCCAGAAAUACCCUGAACAGAUUCUGGUUUGAGGGAGGAUAUCCUGAAUAAUACCUCAAGCAUGGAUCAAAGCAUUUGGGCAAGUGUAUAAUUGGCAUCCCUGACACUAUAUUAUCCGCUGGCUGGGUGGGAAUCCAGCUUUGCCUGCAGCUCAACUAUUUCUUCAGCUUCAGUGCAUUUUUAGGGAUUGCCAUAGACUCCAUUAGGACGUGGACUGGAUCUAGUAUCACUGCACGCUAGGUAGUGACAACUCCGUUUCUAUGACGUCAGCUCACAGACUGGUACCAGAAAAACUGGUUUCUGGUCGGAUCCAACCGGCCAGUUGCUUUUUAAAAUGUCUUGACUGGCAAAGGGGAAGGGAAUAGCUGGUAGGUACCGUCUCAAAUUUUUCCUGGGAACCUUGGACUUUGGAGGUCCUGUCCCAUUUGGCAAACUCCAUUCGUGUGUGUGCGUGCGUGCAAACGUCACAAGACUGGUUGCAUGCCAGUCGCGCUGCACAGACGUGGGUUUUAUUUUCCUGCUACCGAUCUACAGGUGAAAUUCAACCCUUUGCGGAGGGGUAUGAAAAUGUCCUGCUGAGUUUUUGUUGGAAGAGGCGCAUCGCUUUUGUACUAGUUUUCCAUAUAAGACCACUGUUUACAAAGGCCCCUCUUUCUUUUGCUCUUACUUUGUAAAGCUCUGUGCAAGCCGUUUGCCUCCUAAAUGCUUUCUGGAUUAUUUGCAGUAGCCCUUCAUAUUAGUAGGGUACAUGUCUUGGAGUGAAUGUCUCCUGGAUUAUAUAUUUCUAGAGAACUAAGAUGUAGGGAAGACUGUCAGAAUAUGUCAGCUCGCUUGGUCAGUCAUGUACGAGUUUGUUUUCCUUUGCAGGGGUAUAUUGGUAGCCGUGUUGGUCUGAGACAAAAAGAAAUGCAAUUAGACCAAAUAAGAACUUGCAAAAAAAAGAAAAAGCUUUUUCUGCAAGCUUUUUACUUGGCAGGCAUUUUGAGUAGAUGGUCCCUGCUUUCCAUGGCCUUCAACCUUUAAAGGCUGGAGCCGCAGCUGUCUCCACCUUUCUUUAGUUGUGUACCCCAUAUAGGACCCUGGGAUGGGAAAUCCAGCCAGUGAGCCUCAUGGAUCCAUCUGAAACAACUUUCUUUAUCCUUUACAGCAGUCUCUUCACCAUCUCCUUUACCUUGGCUAUUGUCAUAGUUAAUGAUUUUUUGGGAGGAAAAAGCUGGCCAAGGAAGGAAACAUUUUGGCUGUUUUCAACCACAAUGACUACCCUCUGGAGAGGAAAUCUUACCAAAUCCUGGCCUGUGCUUUAGCAAAUAGCCUCUGCUCCUUGACAGCUACGUUCUUGCUUCUCACAACUCUGUCUGGUUUUGAUUUGCUCCUGUAGGGCUUUCUCUUCCCCUCAUGGACCCAGAACAUAUUUGAAUUGUGUCAAACGAUGCCAAAUAUUUCCCGUUUCAUCCCAGUUUUGAAACUCCUUUUGGUUAUCUGCAAACACAGCUGCUUCUUUAUGAGGCAAAGAAUAUGCCUGGGGCCAAAUUCUUUUACUUUGCUAAUCUGUCCAAAGUGGAAAGGUUACUGUUUAUCAUUAACACUGUAGUUCCUCUUUUGCAAGCAUGGCAGUUUUUCUAAGUCGCCUGAAAAAACAAAAAAGACAGAGAAUCCCAAGCAAUGGUGAAAAAUUGUUUCCCAGGGACUGUGAGGCAUCACCGGCAGCAGGAAUGUCUUUCAUUUGCCUCUGCAGGGCACUCCUGCUUUAUGAGGAAUGUAACGCAAUGCUAUUAAAACAUCAAACCCCUCCGAUCUGAUACUGUCAGGGAGUUGUAUUCCCUGCCAAGCUGGGAUGACAUUUCUGUCUAAGAAUUCUUCCCCACCAUAACCUUUCAGUGCUUUUUCCUGAUUUUCAGUCCCCAGAUUUUGACGUGGCAGCUUUUCCUGUUGCAAUAGCUUGUAGUAGUCAGACAGACAGGAAUAUUUGGGGGGGAAGAGGGGAGCAGAACAAGAAGGGUCAAUGUGACCAUUUUGCUGCAGAGAGAAUUUGAGAAAGUGCCAUGCAGGGAAAAGAACCAGUUGACAGAAGCAGGAAAAGUUUGAUCGUAAGUGCACCGUUUGUGAAUAACCACAAUAUUUAGGAAUCUGACAGUGCAGUAGAAAUGCAUUUCAAAUGAGGUGCCCUCUUGUAAAAGUAUUUUUGUUUUUUGCAAAGGGCUUCUUGCACUAUGAGGGCAAUAGUGGCAUUGAUUUUAAACUGCAGUGUGAAAGGACGGUAUGUUUUCUCACCAUCCAGGAUGGAAGCUAUGCAUAUCGUUCCAGCCAGCUCUGCCGAUAAUAACUUUAAGCCAAAUUCUUCAAGGCAGUGCAAAGUACUUUUUCUUUUUUUCUACUUUUAUGUUUUUGAACAUAAAAUUGCACUGAGUUGGGUGAGGAGAUUUGAGAGCCUGGUUCUGGUGCAUGCAUCUCCAUUUCGGUGCACAGAUGGGCACUUGGAAGAAGAAUGGCUUUUGAAGUUGAUGUUGUACUGGGAUCAGAGACCUGCAUUCUGUUUUCAGCACAGUGACAUAUUUCCUCUGUGAUCUUGAAUGAUUCAUCUAAUUUUUGCAUCUCAGUUGCCUAUAAAAUCAGGCAGGAGUUUUAUCCCAGUCUCAAAGACGGGCUUAUGAGGCUUAGUCAUGAAUGGUAUGUAGUGUGAUGCUUAAAGGGAAAGAAACCAGGAUUUCAUGCAUGUGGCAUCCAGCUACCGUGGUGUUGGGUACAUUAAAAAUGCGUAGGAUAUCGGUGCAAAAUACUUAUUAUGGCAUACCUACAUAGCCUUUGUUUGUUCAAGUACCAGAUAAGCUCCAUUCCCAUAAUAAAUAUACAUAAUAAUAAAUGCAUAUUCCCAUAAUUCAUUUGAUUUCGUUUGACCCCAGUACUCUUUCCUGCCAUGGCAGGGGGUCGGACUUGAUGAUCUACUCGGGUCCCUUCUGUCCCGACCAACUAUGAAACUAUAAUAAAUGCAUAAAUGGUCACCCCGUCCUUUUGUUUCCAAAAUUGACUUUUCCGGCUUUUCACUAAUGCGGAAAGUCCUAUUUGUGGGAAUAGGUGAUGAGUUUUGCGGUAUGAGGAACUGUCUGCCUGAACAGAAGAUGGGGUACCUCCUUGGGUACUUUUCUUCCUGUUUGUGAGUUCACGGCUGUCCUCAGCGUGUUGAAGGCACUGCGACUGUUUCUGACGUCUCAAUUUAUCUCCACAAUAACGGGCUAUGUUGUGAGCCAUACUUUCAGGGAAGAUUGGAGAUAAUCCUGUUUUUGGUUGAGGGUAGAGGGAAAGCUCAGUCAGCUGCUACCCAAACAAAUUGCAGGAAAUAAUUUGAUGACAGCUAUUUAACCACAUAUCACUGGUAUUUGAUAAGUGAAGUUAUCACAUUGCUUGCAGCUGAGUGGUCUGGUUUGAACAUAAGGCUGGGAGCUGGGAAUCCAAAUUCAGUUUCCUGUGUCUGCCAGCGGCUCCCUUUUGAGGCUGGGUAAGUCACUUCACCUCUCUGCCUCAGUUUCCUCAUCUGUAAAAUGAGGAUAAUAACAUUGGUUUUUGCCUACCUCAUGGGGGUGUUGUGAGAGGGUUGAUUAGUGACUGUUUGUGAAGCCCUUUGACGAUGAAAAGCACUAUCGAUGCUGUGUAUCAGUCUUCUAUUUGAGCGUCUGUUCUGAAAUUUACCUUUUGAUUUCCUCCCUGAUAGACCUCUGUAGAGAGACACUAGUUUAGCAAAAUGGUGUAACCGAGCUGGCCCACGAUUCUUAGUACAGUGGCAGGCAAAGGUGCUGUUUCCUGCUCCUUGCUUGCUGUUUUUUUUCUUCCUUUUAUUAGCAAUUUCAGAUCCAUGUUCUAAGUGAAAAGCCAGCUGUUUGGUUGAGAACUGAAACAUUGGGUUUAAUCAGCUAAAUGAAAUCAAAUGUGUUUGUUGUUCUGGAAGAGUUAGCUAAGCCUUGCAUACAUGAGCAAGUGGGAGACAUAGGAAUUGCCUCUGAGUUUAACUUCUGGAAGGGCUUGUCUGCGUAAGUAAUUUUUGCACCAUUGUCAUUCAAAUUGGGUUUUUAAACUGACUGGCAGCAUGACCUUUAGUUUGGGGUAAGGCUUAUUUUCAUUUAGUUAAAUGCUUUCCUUAUAGGUUUAAACAACACAGUAAUAAGCUUGUCCAAUUCGUGGAAUGCCAGUGUUGAAGCAGCCUUUUGUACCCCACCCCAGGUUAAGUUUUCACCUUGAGAUAUACCAGUGCAGAUGUCUCCUGUACCCUGUCUCAGGGCACUGUUAAAGCAAACGAGUACCCGAACCACAGGGUGUGUUCCCUUAACAAAAUCCAUUGGUUCAAUGUCCUUACGCAGACAAGACCCUACACUUUACACGUGCAUUUCUUUGCAACCCCUUACGAGGUGGUAAGGAAAUGCAAGACUCGGUGGCUGGCAGCGGAAAAGCAUUUUUCAGCGGUAUCGGCAUGGAUGGGAAAUUCUUGAAGAAAGCUGCUUUCCCUAAUGGGUCAGAUUUUGUUCUCAGUUGUACUGGUAUACAUCUGAAAUCGCUCUAUUGAUUUCAGUCAAAAGUAUGAUUUAAGAACAGGAUGGUCGUAUGGAAACUCCUUUUGUUGGGGGACUGGCAUCAGGUUAAAUGCAAAAGACCCAUCUGUGCUGAGUGAGAGCUAAUGACUGUUUCAUUAGAUCUCUCUGUUAAGCAGCAAAUACAUUUCAGUAAAAACUUUCGAAGAGUUAGCUGAUUGGUAUCGAAUGCAUAUGCAUUGCACAUCUUAAAUGCAUUAAAUCUGAGCUGUGCUGAGCUACAGCAUGGUAGCUGCUGGGGUGUUAUAGUGUAAGGGAUUAGUGAGACUGUAUCUGGGGAAUCAGCGUUCUUGCAAGGGUGUUCCCUCAAGUGAAUGCCUCUGUGGAAGUCCAGCUCAUCUGUAACUCCGCUGCAGCCACGCUGUUAUCCCACAGAUAGACCCAGCCUGUUCCUUACUCUCAGGGGGUGAUUUUGAUUUUGUCCUCUAGUUGCUGGUUAUUUGGGGAGAUACCAUUUCGGAAAUACUUAAUUGCUAUCAAGGGAGGGAAAUGCAGCAAAUCCCUGCCCAACCUUGGGGUCAGAGAGUCUGUGGAGAGGGGCGCAGAGAGGAGGUGGGAUGGAGAUAUUUAGGUUUUUCGAGCAGAGACUUGUGCUCAUCUAAUGGCCUCUUCAUGUAGUGACCCUAUUUUAGUGCUUUAACUGCUGCUGUUCAAUCCCUCUCAGGACAAAAUUGGCCUUUUUGUUUUGUUUUGAAUUUUAACUUCGGGUUUAAGUAAAACUGAUUGGACUGUGAGCUUCUGCAAACAUUGUCUUGUCUCAGCGAGUGGGCUGAGGUUUGCUGGGUCCUUGUUAGGUGUUCCUGGAUCAGACGUGGGACCUUCACUGGCAAGACGUGGCUUCUACUCCACACAAGUUGCAAUUGGAGAUGCUCCAUGAUGGUUUUCUGAUAUUACUGUGAUAUAUUUUGGGGGGCCUUAUGGGGCCAUUUUGGGGGUUUUUUGUUUCUCCUCACUUGUUGGUUUCUUUUUCUCUGCAGACUAAGGAAAAUUUGUGAGUAGUGAAGGGGCCAGGCUAGUGAUCUCAUUUACGAUGAUUAAUUACUGAGUUAAUUCUCUAUUGGCAGAUCCCAUUCUCCAGACCCGAGAAUCACCGUUGUAGAAAUUGAACUCCUCUGGCCUUUCAUGUUCAGAGGAGAGAAGCGAAUAGUAGUAAAAGCUCCUGCCUCUUGUUUAACAAAUGCCCUCUGCAGCUGCGUGCUUUUCUUCCUGUUAUUGAAACGUUUGGAAGCUAUUCAAUGUUGUGUUGGAUUUUAAGGUUCAAAGAUACCUUUUUCCUUUUUAAUUUCUGGCGCGUGUCAGUAAUCCCAGCCCUGGUCAACAGCUGUUCGUGGUUCUCUGACAGCACUUGCUAGUCUGAUCGUACAAAGUGCAGAGGAGGGGACGGAAGAUGUGGGUGACAUGUCCCUUUUUGUUCAUGAGAGAUAGUCUAGGUCCACUUCUGGAGUUCAAAUACUCCUGAACUCUGAGCAGUUCAGGUACAAAUCCAAGUCUGACUCCUGCUUUGGAGGCCGUAGUGCUUGGACCAAGUAGCCGUGGUGUCUUCUAUUUCUUGCACUUCCUCUGAACCUCUCGGCACGGGCUCUCUGAGGGCUGGCAGUGUCCGAUCAUUUACAGAGAGGAGAAUUUUUGUGGAACUGGGGAAAAAUGUACAUAAGAGACGUAUAAAUCUGUAGAGAAAAGUAGGGGAAGAGGUAGAAGUAUACAAAGGAAUCUGAAAUAUUUGCAUGUACAGGGGAUGUUUUGACUGUCACAUGGAAAAUGUGAAAGGUGGA